CGGCACCAACGUCGACUCUCACCAACAGCGCGCACCGUGCGCAAGAUUUCCGCAUGCACGGGCGAUGCCUUUACUUUGUCUGCGUGCACUCUAAAUAGCCCUAGCGCAGUGGGCGAGUCAAUCACUCCGCAAGUGCACUGACGUUAGCCCUCCACAUAUGCUCGCCCGCCUUGCGCAUAAUGCGAGACAGACCGCAGAUUGUCAAGGAGGGUUCGUUCAAGGUGCUCACGUGGACCCUCUGCGGCCUAGCUUCUGCUUUCUUAGCUUCUCGACUUAUCAUCCGCUUUUCCAGAAAAGAGCAGUUGAAGAGAAGCGAUGUCCUCCUUUUGCUAGCCUUGCUUUCGUUUUUCGCCGGAUCUGCACUCCUCCAUUCCACUUUGAGUGCACUUUACAACCACGGUUCUGCAGGAGCCGGUGCAGAUCGUAAGUAUGUCGCGCCGUGCCUGACUGCUGCAAUUGAGCUGCUCUGGAUCACCAUCUACUGCGUCAAGGCGUCUUUCCUCAUACAGUUCAAGUUCCACAAACCACCUUACUCUUUGGUCUCAGCAAAUUUGACCCGUUACUAUUGGACAACAAUUAUCCUAUGCACGGCAGCCUUUUUAUACACGUUAGCGGUGCCACCAACUUUGUGUCCAAGCCAUCGUACGUAAUGCCUCUUUGGGACAUGUUCUAUCACGAAACCAACUAGUACAAGAUUGCCGAUACCUUGAAGAAACAUCCACUACGCGUACCUGGGAGAUU